AUGUCUUUCGAAACCACGGGCACCAUCGCCUCAUUUGGAGGCAAGCUUCUAAAGCUCAAGCACAAGUCCUCUAGCACAAACACCGACAUGGAACUCAACCUAUUCAUGCCACCGCAAGCACAAAAGUCCGGCGCAAAGAUUCCGGUGCUCUUCUACCUGUCAGGUCUCACAUGUACUGGAAACAACUGCUCAGAAAAGGGCUUUUUUCAGCAUGGCGCCGCUAAGCACGGCAUUGCCGUCGUAUACCCGGACACGUCGCCCAGAGGACUACAGAUUGAGGGUGAAGACGAGGCAUACGACUUCGGCUCAGGCGCGGGCUUCUACGUGGACGCGACUAAGGAACCAUGGACAAAGGGCUACAACAUGUACUCCUACAUCACGAAAGAGUUACCCGAGGCGCUUUUCUCAUCGUUCAAAGAGCUCGACUCAAGCAAAGUCAGCAUCACCGGACACAGCAUGGGCGGACACGGAGCUCUGACGCUGUUCCUGAAGAACCCCGGCAUGUACAAGUCAGUUUCCGCAUUCGCACCCAUCGCCAACCCAAUCAAUUGCCCAUGGGGUCAGAAGGCUUUCAAGGGGUACUUUGGUGAGGACCAGCAACAGAGGUGGAAGGAGCACGACGCCUCAGAGCUUGUGAAGCAAUGGAAAGGGCCACUAGAGAUGCUCAUUGACGUGGGCACUGGCGACAACUUCUACAAGCAGAAGCAGCUUCUUCCCGAGAACUUCAUCGAAGCGGCUAAGCAAGCUGGCAACGACAAAGGCAUCAACCUCCGCAUGCAACCCGACUACGACCACAGCUACUACUUCAUGGCUUCGUUUGCAGACGACCAUGUUGACUGGGCAGCCAAGCACUUCGGCUUGUAGUAAGUCGGCAUAUUACUAGACUAGUGGCUCUCGUGCUCAUUACUUUAGAAGCGGUCCCGGUCCUAGAUAUAAAUUAUAGAAGGGGGCUGUCGCUUUGGGAAGGGCACGGAGAAGUAAU